CCCGAUCCGCCUCCCCUCCUCCCCCUUCCGCCGCCGUCGCGUCCCCAGCCCACUCCAAUCCUCCCGACGUGCCACCGUCUCCGUUCCGCCGGGGAGCCAUGACGAGGGGCGGCGCCGGAGGCGACAUGAAGUCCUUUUUCCGGCAGCAGAAGGCGCACACCAAGCCCACCGGCGGCGUCUCCAAGAAGGCGGCGGCGGCGAACCACCACCAGAAGGCCUCGCCCGCGCUCCAGAUCCACCCGGCCUCAGACCACGGCGCCGGCGCCGACGAGAGGAGGCGCCAGCAGGAGGCGGAGGAGCGGGAGCGGGCGGCCCAGGAGUUCGACAUGGACAUGCGCUACGGGCCCUGCCUCGGCCUCACCCGCGCCCAGCGCCUGCGCCGCGCCGCCGCGCUCGGUCUCGCCCCGCCGCCGGCGCUCAUCUCGCUCUGCGCCGACGACCAACCCUGCCUCUGGGAGGGACGCGUCUAGACGCCAGAUGGGGGGAGAAGCUCCGACGCCAUCCACCAGCGUGUGUUAUUGUGUUUUAAGCAGCAAUCGCGUUCACCGUUCUCUGCUUUCCAUCUACCGCACCUCGUGGUAGCACUAGUAGUUGUAGUCUAAUGUGUUAUCUCUUGGAUCUUGGUGCCAACCGUUUGCUUCUGCAGCUUCAAAUCGAAAGCUUCUGUCUCCUGUGGAUAUGUGGUGGCAUGGUGCCAUGACAUGGCAAGUGAUGUGUUAUUUGGUAUCUCUUGUAUCCUUGUCUUGUGUUUUACUGUGAAUCUGUGAUCAGCGCAGAAAUGGCAAUGUCUUCCAUGUGUUCUUGUCA